GUGACAAUUAAUGCGCAUCGAUAAAACGAAAUCUUUCUCAUAGAUUUGUUUAAAAUAUUCAAAGAACGCUCGUAUAUUUAAUCGUUAAUUGCGUCUAACUCACUUGUAGUGUUAUUAAUUUUUGAUAAAUAUACAAUUUGUUGCUCAAUAUUUGUACAACUUGUUAUAAUGGAACCUAUGACUUUGGGAUCACCUGUUAGCAAUGCAAUACCAAAUCCAAGUAGUCCUGGUAGUAAUACAAUGUAUCUUCCAAGUUUUCUUUUAGGAGAUACAAAUACUCCUACCAAAAUCGGAGGAACUACCCCCCAAGAUAAUAGUUUUAGACAUUUGAAUGCAAAUAUUAAUAUGAUAUCACCAAUUUCACAAUAUGGUACACCAGACUAUCGUAUUAAUCGUCAGAAAGCUGUUUUUGGUAAUACUACGACACCUAAUACAUCACAAAUAGGUACAGAAAAUCAUGUUGGUGGUCCACCAACUCGUGGAUUAUUCGAUAUUGUAGAAUCUUCACCGGCUAUAACGACUCCUAAAACAGCACUGAAUCAAACUAAUCAAAGUUUUUAUUCAAAUCAUUCAAAAAAAUUAAUUAAUUCGACCAAUAAUAUGUUAUUCCCAGAUAGUCCAUUAAGUUUGAACAAUAAUGAAUCGCAAGGACUAUUACAAUGGGUUACUGUUUUUGGUUUUCCACCGAAUGCGAUAAAUACAGUACUUUCGCAUAUUUCUAGCAAAGUUCGUAUAAUAGAUAAACAUUCACCACCUUUGCCUAUAAGCAAUUGGAUACAUUUGAAAUGCGCAUCUGAACAAGAAACGCAAAGGGCAUUAGCAUGUAAUAGUAAUAUAGUUUCGGGCUCAAUUAUGAUUGGUGUAAUACCAUGUACGGAUGAAGCUGUUAUUUUAAGUUGCGAUAAAGAAAAUCGUUCUAUGUUAAAUGGAAGUAUGAAAUCAUUUUCUACAUUUAAUAAAAUUGAUUUGAGUAGAGAACAGAGUACACCUCAUACGCCAAUAAAAAUUAAAAAUGCAAGACCACUUGUAGCAGGUUACAGUCAACAUUUAAGUCCACAAUCAGUAACGUUGGCAGAAAAUGUUCCACAAAAAUCUACUGGAUUAGUUACUAAAGCGAUGGAAUAUGUAUUUGGAUGGUAAUUUAAAUAGUUAAUUGCAAUCUAAUUUUUAUAUUAAAUAAAAUUGUACAAUUCGAAUUAAAAAUAAACGCAUUAUUGAAGAUA